AUGGGUGCCAAUGAAUCCUACGAUGGUUCUCCCUAUCAGAGACAUGCUCAUUACCAGCCUGCUGUACAAGAAGCCGAUAUUCUCCCCAACGACAUCAUUGAUGAUGGUGAUGAUGGUUUCAUGCCCGAGCCUAAGCGGAAAUCAAUGCUAUCGUUGACUCGUGGCCGGGGAAGAGAAGGAUUGAGCGACAGAGGGGCUGUGGCAGGUGGCGCAGCUGCUGGAGGUGCUCUAGGCGGCAUGUUCGGAAAGAAAGAGAAGAACAUCACUUCUAGUGGUUCCUACGAUCCUGUAUCAGCUUCUGACGGUCCACCAGCACACAAGAGCGAGUGGUUAUCCAGACAAACAAAAGGCAACAACAAAAUGCGCUGGGUUGUGGGAGGUGCAAUCAUCGUCGUUGUUGUCCUCGCCGUCAUAGGCGGCAUAGUCGGAGGUGUACUGAGCACUAACAAGAGUGGAAGCGCAGGUGGGAGCGGGAGAAGUGGUAGUGGAAGCAUCAACAAUGCAGCUGACGACACCGCAGCUAACGGCGACCUCGACAUCAACUCAGCAGAAAUCAAGAGCUUGAUGAACAAUAAGGCGUUGAAGAAGGUCUUUCCAGGCAUGGAUUAUACACCAUGGGGAGUUCAAUACCCUCUAUGCCUUACCUAUCCUCCAUCGCAGAACAACGUGACUCGAGAUAUGGCUGUCCUCUCGCAAUUGACGAAUGCCGUACGACUCUACGGUACGGACUGUAACCAGACAGAAAUGGUUCUUCAUGCAAUUGAUAGGUUACAAUUGAAGGACAUGAAGGUCUGGAUGGGAGUAUGGAUCGAUACGAAUACUACUACGAACGAACGGCAACUCAGCAAAAUGUACGACGUACUUGCAGACACCAAAGACCACUCCAUCUUCAAAGGUGUGAUCAUCGGAAACGAAGCUCUAUUUCGUGCCGAUGAAGGCAAGGCCGAAGCUAAGGCCGAACUUGCUACGUUCCUAAAUCAAGCAAGGUCCAACUUCACUUCUCUUGGCUACGAUCUUACCGUUUCAACUUCCGACCUAGGAGAUAACUGGGAUGGCACUCUGGCUCAGGCAUCUCACUACGUGAUGUCGAACGUGCAUCCUUUCUUCGCAGGUGUCUCGGUGGAUGAGGCUGCGGGCUGGACUUGGAACUUUUGGACGGAGCACAACGUGGUCCUCACACCAGACGACAAGUCGCGCCAAAUCAUUGCUGAGACGGGUUGGCCUUCCGGAGGAGGUACCGAUUGUGGCAACGCAGCAAAUGUCUGCGCUGCGGAUCAGACUGGCUCAGUUGCAAGCAUCGACAACCUGAACAAGUUCAUGGACGACUGGGUAUGUCAAGCGCUCGACAAUGGCACGAAUUAUUUCUGGUUCUCCGCUUUCGACGAGGCAUGGAAGGUGGCAUACAACGAGCCUGGUAAAGAAUGGGAAGAUAAAUGGGGUCUUAUGGAUACAGCACGAAAGUUGAAGUCUGGCCUCGUGAUACCGGACUGUGGCGGUAAAACAGUCUCUUAA